GACAGGAAGUAAAGACUUUUUAUUAUACAACAAAUCCAAGCAUAGUGUAAAAUGUAUAAUAAUUAAAAUCCUAAUCGGUGUUUAAUCUACAUAAGCAAAACGUUUCCAGAAAAACUCUGAAGGCGCAAAUGGUUUGUUUGGUGGAACUAGAUGGUGCUGCUGAAAUUGGCUGAGCUUCUCUACGUUGUUUGAGAAGUUAUGCGGCUAGUUGCUAUCGGAAAGUUUGAUUCGUGGUAAAAAGUUUUGCAACAAUUCACCUCACCUGUGUGAAGAAGGAAAGAUUAUCCUGGGCUUCUUUCUAUCUGUCGUUCUGUUUUUUACACCAGAAGCUGCUGCUGCUGUCCAAGGAACUCUGUAUUACAAAUGGAGUCCAGUGAUGCAGAAAAACCGCUGCUGUCUGAGGGCUUUAACGCCGUAGCUUCUCCGGAAUUCCAGUCUCCCAUAGAGUAUGACAGUGGGAUAGCUACAGAUGAUGGGGAGCGAGAGUCUGAGAGGGAGGUUUCAUUAUCAGGCAGCGCAAGGGGAGCUGGUGGAAGUCCAGCACCUCCACAGUCCGAGUCCACGUCACAAAUCCAUGCACAAGUGACAGAGAGUUCCAUGCAAAUAAUUAAUGAACCAUCCGGCCCAUGUCAUGUUGUUACUUGUACAGUGUCUUUUGCAAUAGCAAUUCCUAAAGGGCAAGAAGAGCAGAGCAGUGAAAGCAAUGCAUUAAAGAAAGGAAAAAUAAAGGAAAAUAAAUCCAGUAACACAGCCGAAGCUCCCAAAGCUCAGAGUUACUACCACAUGGAAUACAUACUUCUCCCAGGUGACCCCGAGCCAAUGAAAGUGGACAUAGUGAUGUAUGGCAUGGCUGCAAAGAUUUUCAUGGAGAAUGAAACUAUGGUUGUAAAACCAUGGCAUGAAGGAAACCUGACAUGGCUUUCCUGGAGCCAGUCAAAGGAGAUUAAAGUCAAUAAAGAAUUAUUGAUCAGACUUACCUCUCACAAAAUAGUCUUCAAGAUAUGGGACACUAAAGACAGAUUGUCUACAAAGGCCAGGUGUGACAAACCCAAAGCCUUCAGACUACCACAGGGAACAAAUGGAGAGGACCCUGAGAAUGUGGGUGGUGUAAAACAACUGAUAAUGAAACACAGAAAGCUGUUUCGUAAGAGUCAGCCAAAGCCAAGCUUCACAGGCAAUAAAGAUAACAGCUUUAGAGAUGACAGGAAAGUGUCAGAGUUGAGCUUUGAGACAGGAGAAGUUGGCAUUGCCUCUUCCCUUACUGGUAUGCAGACUGCUUUAUCUGUCGCUUCAGACGCAGACGACAGUUCACCACAGAGUUUUUUGGGUGAGCAAGAAGCAGCUGUGCUUGAUACCAGGACUGCUAAACUCAAAGCAAUCCCAAAACAGACUGUAUCUACUACAAGUACUGCAGCACAGAAAAAGGCCCUUAUCGAUCCAUCGCCUAACUCAAUAAAGAAAAACAGCAAGACAGUGCUCAUUUCAGGUACAGUUCCAGUUAAAGAAAAGGUACCAUCUUCAGGCAGAAACAAGUAUGUGCGCAGAGGAGCACAAGCAGCACUGUCAAUGACAGGACUGAUGAAGAAGAAUGGCAGUGCAUCAGUACACCUGGACCCAGUUCAUCUGCUUGCAGGAAAUAAAUCAGUGACAGAUUGCCUGUAUAGUUUAUCUCCUGCAAUCCUGGAUGGCUUUUGUACUGUUUCUAUUGAACAGCCACUCAUUUCGGAGGAACUAAAACAAGAAUUGAACCCUCUUGUUAUCAAAAUAGAGUCUUGCACAUGUUUGCCAACACGCCCGGUUCCUAUUCAUGAACUGAAGGUAAAAUGUGCUCCAGUGUAUUGCAGAUAUCAAUUUUAUAAUCUGACUGACCACAGGACUGCAAGCCGCGAACAUGGGACACACGUGUACUUCAAAGACGUCAACGUUAUUUUUACAGGCCUGCUGGGAAAGGGAGAAUUCCGAGAGUACCUCCGCGGAACUCCCAUUGAGAUCGAGAUCCACGACAGGGACAAGAAGAUGGAAGAAACAAUGAAAAAGUCAGCUUUGUUCGGAACUGAGCCCGAAGAUGCAAAAAUAAGCAGUGUGGGCCUUGUGAGUAGCCAGCGCACAACCCACAAUCCAUUUACAGACAAGGAUAAAUUGUACAAUCCGUAUGGCGUUGCAAAGUUAGACCUUUCUGAUCUGUUAUAUGGGGAAAAGCGUUUGAAAGUGACACUGCCCAUUCACGCUUCACCACUUCCAGAUCCUACAGGCAUCCGUGGUAUUGGAGGGUCUGGGAGGAUUGUGGGAUAUCCCGGUUCUGUAGAUGGUCCACAGGACCCUGCUUUGCCGGCGGGACACUACUUGGACUCAUCCUCUCAGCUCAAAGUAACUGUUGAAAUAGCUUGUCCACUACCUCUGGAGUCGGAGGUGAUUAAAGGUCAGAUGUCAGAUUGUCCAUUUGGCCGUAUCAUUUGUAUCUUUGAUAGUCUAAACAGCUCUGCCCUCAAAAAGCUAAAUUCAGAGAUAUGCAGGAUCAAUUCUGCAGCGCUUCAGCUGGACUCCUACCCUGAGCACUUGCUUGAAGCUGCUUUUAAUUCCUAUAAGCUGAAACCCCAGCAAAGGGAAAGCACUGAACUAGAUAUCGUCACAGGUUUUCACGUUCAGGAUGAUGAAAUUCACCUUUUUGUGCUCGAGGGGCUGAAGCAUAAAGCAAUUCAAAGACUGUGGGAGAAUAUACCAAGGUGUGACAGUACCGGGGAAAGAAUGUUGAAAGUUCUCUAUAACUCUGAACUGUGCUUCCAUCGGCGCCUGUACGCUAGCCUGGAUCUCAACCUCUGCCGUGUCCAUCUCCACAAACCUCUCUCUGAUAUAAUGAAGCAGCCUCUGCUCUAUGUCAGGGAUAUGGUACCUCAGGCGUGUUUCCAAGCUUUGUCAAGAUUGGAUUUGAUUUGCAAAUUAAACAAGCUUAAAGAUGUGACGCAUUACAAUCUGUUCCCAUCAUCUGAGAUGAUUCUGAGAAUGAGCCAAGAGUUUGGUAUUCCACUAAGAAAAGCAAGUUUGGAUACUAUGAAUGACUUAAAGCUAACAUCAAACCAGUCCGCUGUGGAACCAUCAUCUCCGGACUUCAAGUCAACCACUCAACUCAACCCAUUAGAUAAUUAUAAUGAAAAGUAUGUGGAAUGGAAACAGAAAAUUAAUAUAAUGCUUGAGGCAGGGAUCGGCAAAGACUUCAUUCAGGAUAAUAUUCAUUGUGUGCAUCAAGCUAGCAGGAAGUUACGAAGAACAAAGCCUGAUACAGUUGUGGCUGUUCCUGCUCCGGGCAAGGAGGUCCACAACUACAGCUGCCAGACAAUGAACUCCACCGAGCAGGCAAAAGAGCUGCUACGGAGAGAGAUGGCAAAGGAGCCAUCAAGGAGGUUCACAUACUGCCAGGAGUACCAGUCAGCCACAGUGAGUCCUGUAGAUUUCGAGGAUGAAUUGAAAGAGGCUGCUGCCAGAUCAAAGGCUGCCUGGCGUACUUGGAACGGCUUCACAUACCCGGGAUUCAAGAGCAGCAUUGAGUCUAACGAGCAUGAGAGAAGACCUUCUGAAGCACGCGCAGAGGAGCUGAAAAAGCCUUGGGAGGAAAACAUCCUGCAUGCCAACACUUGUGCACCCACCUUGCUCCGGGACAGAUGGGAGUGGAGCAAACGACAUGUUGAUGUAGAGCUGUACAAGAAGCCCCCUCUCUUCUUUGGUACCAGACAUCCAAUUACAAUACACUUGGCAGGAGAUACUUUGCAAGAUGAGCACCUUGCAUAUGCCCGGAAGCAAUACAUCAAUUGGCUGAACAAAGUCAUAACUGAAGAUAGUAUGAAAUUCUACAGGCGUUCCACAGAGUCUGAGCUACACACAAAUGGAGCAAAGCUGGACAGGCUGCAAGGACUGCUGAAGGAUAAGCCAAGGAAGCAUUCGCUCAGGAAUCCGGGAAUGGUCCUGAAGCCCAUUCCUGCACUGUCAGUGAUUCAGCGUCCAUAUGGCUCAGAGUCAACUGGUCCUGUGGAGCCUACCCUUGGGUUUACUCCAGGUUUACAUGAUCAGCAUAGCCUGAACUGGGAAGCCAACAUAGUCCCUCGCUACAAUAUGGAACACAAGAAAUUCCAGCGUCUCAAAGGAGCAGAUUUCACGGCCUAUUGCAAUGAGCACCAAUAUCUCUAUAAGCGUGCAGCUCAACCGCUCACUGAAGAGGAGAGGAAGACGACCCUGUUUCAACACGAAAAACCUCCAGCUGACACAGCUGCUGCGAGACCCCAUCCAUAG